AUGGCGUCAGAAACUACUGACAUUGACAAACCGAAGGUGGACGUGCUUACGUCCAGUCGGAUUCAUCCCAGGACUAAGCAUGACGAGGUGACAGUGCCGUUGUCGGUUGUGGAUGCAAUGGUCAUGCACUAUGGUCCUUCGUCGGCAGUUUGGUUUUUUGAGGAUGCUGGCAAGGAUGAUAUCGAGAAGGUGAUUGCACAGUUGAAAGAGUCGCUCCAGGUCACGCUGUCGGUUUUCCCCCACCUGGCUGGUCAUCUCAAGAUGGUGAAGCAUAACCCCGAAGGAGAUCAUACACAGCGAUAUGCCCGACUCGAAAUCACAUAUGGGGCAACGACCGACCCGGGUGUACAGUUUGACACGGCCAAAUGCGACCUCAAGUUGGACGAUAUCAUACCUAGCCAUAAGAAGCGACAGGAUCCCGCAUACCGAGCCUGGGGAUCAAGCAGCGCCUACCCUGCCUUCUUUCUGCCGGAUAUGUCGAAACUACCCUUUUUCAGAAACGCGCCAGAAGGCCCAACGCCUGCGGCGCUGGUUCAAGUUACGCGAUUUGCGUGUGGUGCGGUCGCGAUCGGCAUGAUGUUUACGCAUCCCAUGGCUGAUGCGCAUACGUUGGCCAUGGUGGCCCAUCGCUGGUCAUAUGAUCACACUGUGCUCUUCUGCGAUAAGAGCUCCACAUUGUCGGAGACCGUCGUAUCUCCACCCCCUAAUCCGCUCUAUGAUCCGCAGAUGCUGGACAGAUGCGCGCCGGGGGAUAUCGAUGGUACGACUCCGGACCCGGCAAUUCUGGAGAAAUCGCGCAGCCUACCAUCUUUGCGACAUGAUAACCUAUGGCCCGCCGAAGGUGAUGACCCAGACCGAUUCCUUCCCCCGGGAUUGACGCGCGACAUGAUCACAUCCCCGGGAGUCAAACCCCCUAUGCAAGAUUGGGAUUUCAACGCGCCUGUCUCGCACGUCAAGUUGCACUUCACAUCGGCCGAGACGGAACGAAUCUGGCAAGCGGCCGGGAAAGGCGUGAGUCGACAUGAUGCAAUUCUGGCCCAUGUGUGGCGAGCCGUGAACCGGGCGCGUGGAUGGAGUGAUGACGACCGGAAUGUCUCCCUACAUGUCAUCUUUGGGUUGAGGAAACGACUUGGUCUGCCGACAACCUUCAUGGGAAGUCCUAUCCUCAGCACAACGAUUACGACGACAGGGAAAGAAGGGAGCGGCGGUCUUGCGCUAGGCGAUGUAGCCCGAAAAAUCAACAACACGCUGGCACUGUAUACGAAAGAGGCGUUGCAGACGCGCAUAUAUGAUCUGUGUUUUGAAUGCGCGCCUCAACGGUUUUGGGAAGGAUUCCUCGGGGCUCGAAACAUGAUCUUCACAAGCUGGGCUCAUUUGAACCUGUAUGCGGUGGACUUUGGAGGCAGGUGGGGCAAGGCGCGGUUUGUGGAUAUCAAAAUGCCGGACUUGGAUGGAAUGAUCUGGUUAACGGAGGGAAGGCCUGCAUUGGAGAAGGAUUCCGCAGGAGAACGGCAUUGGUGCGAUGACGGAGUAGAUGUCUCGAUGAACAUUGGUCGUGAGGCUGCAGAGCGUUUGAAGGCCGACUCGACACUGUGGGAGUGGUAG